ACGAGCUUUAGUGAAGCCCUUAAACGCAGCACCAACGCCCACUUUGAACCGCUUCAUCGUAUCGCGAUAGACACCCAUCAGUCCGCGGAGCUAACGCUGAGCAAUAUGGCGGAAGAGGAGGUGGCCAAGCUGCAGAAGCACCUGGCCUUGCUGAGGCAGGAGUACGUGAAGAUGCAGCAGAAGCUGGCUGACACCGAGAGGCGCUGCGCCGUGCUCGCUGCGCAGACUUCCAGCCAAGCCGCCCCCAGCUCUGCAAGCGAAGACACCUUCAUUAGCCGCCUGCUGGAAUUUGUGGCCCAGCUCCAUCAACAGGAACACUACAGUGAUCUGAAAGUGAAAGUCACGGGGGGUCAAUACUGUGCCCACAAGUUUGUGCUGGCUGCUCGCAGUGAUGCCUGGAGUCUGGCCAACCUGGCAUCCACCGCUGAACUGGACCUAACCGAUUGCAGAGCUGAGGUAGCCAUGGCCAUGCUGCGCUGGGUGUACACCGACGAGUUGGAACUCAGCGAGGACGAUGCUUUCCUCAUUGACUUGAUGAAGUUGGCCAACCGCUUCCAGCUUCAACAGCUCAGAGAGCGGUGUGAAAAAGGUGUGAUGUCCUCGGUAAAUGUGAGGAACUGUAUUCGCUUCUACCAAACGGCCGAGGAGCUGAAUGCCAGCACGCUAAUGAACUACUGCGGGGAGAUCAUAGCCAGUCACUGGGAUGAUCUGCGGAAGGAAGAUUUCAGUACCAUGAGUGCCCAACUUUUGUACAAGAUGAUCAAAUCGAAAACGGAGUAUCCUCUCCACAAGGCCAUCAAAGUCGAGCGUGAAGAUGUGGUCUUUCUGUAUCUCAUAGAGAUGGAUUCACAGUUACCAGGGAAGUUAAAUGAACUGGACAGUAACGGGGACCUUGCUCUAGACCUGGCGCUCUCCCGAAAGCUGGAAGGUAUAGCCACGACUUUGGUGAACAACAAAGCUGACGUGGACAUGGUGGACCAGAGCGGCUGGAGCCUCCUCCAUAAGGCCAUCCAAAGAGGAGACGAGUUUGCUUCAAUCUUCCUGAUCCGCCACUCGGCUCAGGUGAAUGCAGCCACCGUGGGGGCGGUGGAGACCCCACUGCAUUUAGUCUGCUCCUUCAGUCCCAAGAAACACACCUCAGAGAUGAUGAGCAGCAUGGCCCGGAUCGCAGAAGCUCUGCUCAAAGCUGGGGCAAACCCUAACAUGCAGAACAGCAAAGGCAGAACUCCGCUGCACGAAGCUGUGGCUUCAGGGAACGAGGCCGUGUUCAACCAGCUGCUGCAGUGCAAACAACUUGACCUGGAACUGAAAGACCAUGACGGCAGUGGAGCUCUGUGGCUGGCCCUGCAGCACAUCACCAUGUCGUCGGACCUCUCGGUGAAUCCGUUCGAGGACGACGCCCCAGUGGAAAACGGCACCUCCUUUGAUGAGAAUGGCUUUGCAGCUCAGCUUAUCAAGAGAGGAAGCAAUCCUGACGCGCCUGACGCUGCUACAGGAAACUGCCUUAUGCAGAGAGCAACUCGGGCCGGCAAUGAGGCAGCAGCUCUUUUCUUAGCAACGCAUGGGGCAAAGGUCAACCACGUUAAUAAAUGGGGUGAGAGCCCGCUUCAUACAGCAUGUCGCUGUGGCCUGGCCAGCCUGACCGCUGAGCUGCUCCAGCAAGGUGCCAACCCUAACCUGCAGAGCCAGAAGGCGCUGCCCGACGACACUAACGGCGUGGCUCUGCAGACACCGCUCCACAUGGCCAUCGCUCACAACCACCCAGAUGUCGUCUCCGUCAUCUUGGAACAGAAAGCCAACGCCCUUCAUGCCACCAACAACCUGCAGAUCAUUCCAGACUUUAGCCUCAAAGACUCCAUGGACCAGACGGUUCUGGGUUUGGCCCUCUGGACAGGUAUGCACACUAUUGCGGCCCAGCUGCUGGGCUCAGGGGCUUCUAUAAAUGACACUAUGUCAAAUGGACACACUCUGCUUCACAUGGCCAUCCAAAGACAGGACAGCAAGAGCGCCCUCUUUCUCCUGGAACAUCAGGCAGACAUCAAUGUCAGAACACAAGAGGGACAAACGGCGCUGCAGCUGGCCAUCAGUAACCAGUUGCCACUAGUUGUGGAUGCCAUUUGCACCAGAGGGGCUGAUAUGUCUAUUACAGAUGAGAAAGGGGAUCCUCCGUUAUGGCUGGCUCUUGAGAAUGGCCUGGAAGAUAUUGCAUCCACACUGGUGCGUCAUGGCUGUGAUGCCACUUGUUGGAGCUCGGGGCCCUCUCGCUGCCAGCAGACCCUGCUGCACAGAGCCAUCGAUGAGAACAAUGAGGUCUCUGCUUGCUUCCUCAUCCGCAGUGGCUGUGACGUGAACAGCCCUAGACGGCCUGGAUCUAACGGGGAAGGAGAUGAAGAAGCGAGAGACGGACAAUCCCCCCUCCACCUUGCAAGCAGCUGGGGUCUGGAGGACGUGGUGCAGUGCCUUUUAGAGUUCGGAGCCAAUGUAAAUGCACAAGAUUCAGAGGGCAGAGCUCCCAUCCACGCUGCUAUUGGCAACCAGCACAACAUCAUUAUCCAGCUGCUGAUUUCCCAUCCAGACAUUCGGCUCAACGUCCGUGAUCGCCAAGGAAUGACACCUUUUGCCUGUGCCAUGACGCACAAGAACAACAAAGCUGCGGAAGCUAUCCUGAAGAGGGAGCCAGGUGCUGCUGAACAGGUGGACAACAAAGGAAGGAAUUUCCUCCAUGUGGCUGUUCAAAAUUCAGACAUCGAAUGUGUCCUGUUCCUCAUUAGUGUCCAAGCUAAUGUGAACUCCAGAGUUCAGGAUGCUGCCAAACUCACCCCUCUUCACCUGGCGGUGCAGGCUGGCUCCGAGAUCAUUGUCCGCAACCUGCUUCUUGCCGGAGCCAAAGUAAAUGAGCUGACCAAACACAGGCAGACGGCACUACAUCUGGCUGCCCAGCAGGACCAGGCUACCAUUUGUUCUGUGUUGUUGGAGAAUGGCAUAGAUUUUGCUGCUGAGGAUGAGAAUGGCAACAAUGCUCUGCAUCUGGCAGUGAUGCAGGGCCGCCUUAACAAUGUCAGAACACUUCUCACAGAGUCCAACAUUGAUGCCGAGGCCUUCAAUCUCAGGGGUCAGUCACCAAUGCAUGUUCUAGGCCAUUAUGGUAAAGAAAAUGCGGCAGCCAUCUUUGAGUUGUUCCUGGAGUGUAUGCCAGAAUACCCUCUAGACAAGCCAGAUGGUGAAGGGAACACGGUUCUGCUUCUGGCCUAUAUGAAAGGGAAUGCCAACCUGUGCCGUGCCAUUGUGAGGGCUGGGGCUCGACUGGGUGUCACAAAUAAUCAGGGCAUCAAUAUUUUCAACUACCAAGUUGCAACCAAACAGUUGCUCUUCCGCCUUCUAGAUAUGCUGUCCAAUGAACCCCCUUGGUGUGAUGGGUCCAACUGCUAUGAAUGUACUGCGAAGUUUGGUGUUACGACACGGAAACAUCACUGCCGCCAUUGUGGGCGCCUGUUGUGCCACAAGUGCUCUAUAAAGGAGAUACCGAUCAUCAAGUUUGACUUGAACAAGCCUGUGAGAGUGUGCGACAUCUGCUUUGACGUACUGACUCUGGGUGGGGUAUCAUAAUGCUGUGAGCAGCAUCUCUUCCAUCGGCCAGGCCCGGCUCACCACUGCUAUUCAGGAACACCAUGAGAAGGGACGUGAGAAGCAGAAGAUACUAAGGACCAUCAUCUUUAUACUACUCCAGUCUAUGAAAAACUAUUAAUCUUCUAGAGACAUUUUGACUAGAGAGCAACAUUUUCUUUUUCUUGCUAUCAAAGUAUCUUAACGCGGAUAUAAGCAGCUCUACCAGCUCGGUGACAGCUGCAUGGAGUUCCUUAUUUCUCAAGAUCAGUGAUGUUUGUGCUGAGUAGUUCCUAUUAUCCCAGGCAGACAGAUGUUAUGACAGAGAAAAAGGGUUUACCUUUUUCUCUGUUGGGUUAUCUCACAUCCACAAGAUUCAAACUGACCCUCCACAAAGCAGGACAACAGUCUUACAAAAUGAAUCAGUUAUAUAGAUUUAUUUAUCCAUGUGAGUAAUUAUCAUUAACCUUUUAGUAGAUUUUCAAUUGAAGUAACUUUCUCAAAAGAGUAAAAAUUAAUCAUAAUUAAAACAAUAACUUUGAUGCCAGCAAACUCAUGAAAUUGAGCACAACUACAGCAAAUUAUUUCCCCCUCCAGAGAAAAUGGAUAUAAUCGAGUAGUUAUAAAGACAAAGAACCUGAGGGCCAAAUUCAUCACAUUAUUGCGACAGAUCUAUAUCAUAUGCCUAUGCAUGUCAUUUCAUUUAUAGCCUUCAUACAUCAGUUAUAUCAUAAAUCAUGUCCUGAAAGGGGUCACCCAAUAACAUUCCAGAUUUUUUUUUCUUUUUACCUGCCUGAGGCCAUCAUUGCUAUGUGAUCACGUCGACCCGUCCCACUUAAUGACCUUAAUUUCUAAGCCUAACCGGUGCACUUUAUCAGCAACACGCGACAUUUCAGAUGAUUGGGGGAAGAUGCGGACUAAGUAGAGGGACAGCCAAGUGGAGUGGCCUCUUUAAGUAUUGUUAAAUUGUACAGAUAAAUGUGUGAUAUUUUUGACCACUACAACUGUUUUGUACUUAAAUGCAGUUUGUGCUUGUCAUUGUGACAACCUAAAAAUCUUGCCUCUGUUAAUCUUUUAUGCACAUUGUUUAAUCUUUUAUGCACAUUGUAUCUGUAUGCUCAGAUAUCUGGUCUGUCUCUUCCUGGUGUAUUCUUUUAGAGGAGGGGAGGACAACUUUAUAUAAAGGUCAUCGACAAAGCGUG